UAUUUAAUUUUCUAAAGCUAUUAAAAGUAAGGCUUGAUAAGAAGCUACAUUGCAAAAAUAUUUGUGGUUUUUGCUUCUAAGCCAUCUGCAAUGUAACAUUUUUCCUGUAAGUACUGGUAGUAUUCUUUUUAACAAGCACAGGUCUUGCUGAAAACAACAGACUUCUAAGGACUGAAGUUUUAAAGCUUUGGCAUAUGGUAAAGCAGGUAAAAAUAGUAACCAUGUAAUAGCUCAGCAAGAGCAAAAAAUACAAUAUGUUAGUAAAUGUAACAAAACGGAUACCAGAACUAUCAUAAUCUUAACUCAAAAUAUGCCCAGAUUUUGAUGUUUUAAUUUCAGUGUCUCAAAAAUUGGAUCAGAAGUCUGGGAAGGCAGUGAGGAUAUGGAGUAACAGAGCAAUUCCUUUGGCCACCAGUGGAUUCAUGCAAAGCGUAGGAUGUGAGGACAUACCAAGGACAGCUGGGGGGAACUGUGAUAAGACUCAUUGAAACAGGGAUGGUGCAAAGGUGGUGAAGUGGAAUAGCUAGCAGAAGUUAUGCAGUGGGCUAACAAAGAAAAACUAAGUAUUUUAUUUUGCACUUAGAAACUACCUAAAUAAAUCCUUAUCAACUAAUAUUCUGCACUACAACUGGUUCAAAGAAGGAAUUAGACAAGUUAACAGGUCUGCCAAGAGCUAUCGAACACACUGGCUGAAUUACAGAUGUCCAGAUAAGGAUGCUGUGAACCAUUUAUUUCUUAAAGCAACAAGGAUGUACCACGUACCAACUCCUCUGCAACUGCCUUGCUUACAAAACCCAUUUCCCAGCUCCCUGUUACCAGUCACUGUGGAGAUGUGACCCUGAGUGGGAUGGAUUUUUGGUCUCACACAACAGAACAGAGAAAACUGCUGCAAUGCAUUCUGGUCUUGCAAGCUUAGUCUGCAUCCUUUUCAUUAGGAGGAAAAGAAUGGGUUGAAACCGAGUUUCUCAGUUUACAUUUUAAUACAGUUUCUACUGCUGCCUUGUUGUUUCUAUCUUGUUCACCAAAGAUCUGAUCAAAAUCCUUCCAAAGCAUUUCUCUAAAGUAAGCACAUGAAAUUCCUUUGCAAAGAUCUAUCAUGAGGCUUACAGAAGUAUUAAAUUUCCUUCUUGAGAUCUGAUCUACUUCAUUCAAACCAUCCAUUACAUUCUCCUAUGCAGAGCACACAAGAGCAGAAAUGAAAUUCUGAUUGUAAUUUAUCCAUCUGUAAAAUAAAAUUGAGGAUAUUUUCUCUUAUGAAAAUAUUACAGCGCUGCUGAGAAGUAAAUCUAAUUUUGCCUUGAGAUUUAUGCACUUAAAAUUCUCACCAUGACAAAAAUAAAUACACAGUGUAUUUGCAAUACACUAAAAGAGGUAGUUCUAUUGCAUGGGAUUAUGCAAGCUAAUUCUAAAAAAGAACAGCCCAAAAGAAAAAAAAAAAAAAAAAGAAAGAGGUGGGGGGAAAAUCAUUCUUACAGCAGUUUCUUUCAGAGGAGGCACAAGAUCAUCAUGUGAACUUUUACAAUAGGAAGCAAACUUCUUAGUCAAGAGCUAAGAAUACAAGAGUUGUGUGACAUUUGUAGGUAUGAAAAAAUACAGGCUUGUGGGCUUCUUACAAUAUUGACCUGCUUUUCUUCAGAUGCCUUAAGAACCACAGCCUAAGUUCCUCCUUGUGUGUUUUAGUUCGUAUGCUUUCUACUAUGAAUGGCUGAGAAGAAAACACAUAACAUCUGUGCAUCUCCAGAUAUUUUGCCAGGUGCAACAGAGCUGAGCUUCAUUACACCUUUCCAGAGCUUUUCCAACACUGCGUGAUCAGACAGGACAGAAAAAGCUGAGAACGUGCCCCUUCCCUCUCACCUUAGCUGCUCUCUUUCUUCACAUGCAGCUUGAUAUUAGCAAAGGAUUUAACUAUCACUCCAUUUUAAUAUAAAUUAUGCAUUAAAAAUUUCAAAACAUCUACUCAGUAACUAAGUGCCAUUAGCUAUAGAAAGGCAUUAUCUGCAGUCUCUCUGCCCGUGCUGCAGUCAUAGAUCUUUGGAUCUCUUUGCCACACAUUAACUCAGCGACCUUGGAUGAGCCGUGGAAGUUUACUGAGUCCCAGCAUAAACACUGACGGGAAGGAAGUGCAAGAUGAAAAUGAAAUCAGAUGCUGUGAGAUGCACACACGAUUUCAUAACUACAUUUCGCAUUGUUUUCAGGUCCUCCAAGUUCUACAGAAAGCUGAGUUCUGGAGGGCUGUUGUUUUACCAGUUGUAAUCAACGAAUUUUGUCUACUAUUUCCUUCCAAAGUCGUGAAGUCAAAAUUCAGUAUAAAAGCACCUUACUGCAUGUUUUGGCUCGAAGGCAGAAGAGUAAGGACCGAAGGACAAUGAAUCAGUGCAGCGUUAUUUGUAACAUACACUCGGAAUGCAUUAAAACAACCAGGCAGCCCGAACCAAGGGCUGAUUCACCGCGCUUCCCGGAGCGCUCAGACCACGGGUCUGUACGACGUGCCGCUUUCGAGCUCCGAACUACUCCUGCAACCCCAGUUUGUGCCGUGACUGCGUUCUGCUCCUCCACGGCGCUUGUUUAUUCGACCUCAUCUCCCCCCAGCAUCUCGCUGCCGAAACGCUCGGUAACGACUGUGUGGAGGAAAUCUCUUCCGUCGCGGCUGCUCCCGCUCCCGUCACAGGGAACGGCAGGGCCGCCCAGCCCCUCACUCGCGGACUUCCAACGCCGCAGCCGAACGCACCGCGAGCGACCCCACGGAGCGCGGCAGGCCGGCAAGCGGAGCGCCGAGCGCCUCGAUGGGCCCGGCCCCGGGGCGGGGCGGCCGCUCGCUCGCUCGCUGCCUCGGGGAUGGAUUCUCGGCCGCCGGUAUCGGCACGGCACCAUCUUGGGAGGGGGGGGAGGAAGGGGCGGACCGCGGGCGGUGCCGGCGGAGCUGCGGGCCCUGCGCGGCGCUCAGGAAAGGAAGAACCAGGCAACAUCGGUCCUACCUGCCGGCUUUCAGCCUGAAGCUGCCGUGUAUGACUGAUGAAGCGAUAGAUGUCCAUGCCCAGCAGCACGUAGUCAUGCUGGGAUGCUGUAUAAGAUCUUCAUGCAACUGGCUGAAAAAUGGUUCCACAAUAUGGCAAUCCCAACUCUAACAUUAUUAAAAUGGAGAUUAUCUUCACUGUGACAUGAUCUGUCAAACGUAUUAGCGUUUUCUGUUUGUGUUUUACGCUUACUGUGCAAGGUUACAAAUGGUGUGGGUUUUUAUCAUGAAUCGAAUGAGCUCCCAGAGCAGUUCAUCUUCUCAACGUAGAAGAAUGGCUCUAGGAAUUGUCAUUCUUCUCCUUGUUGAUGUGAUUUGGGUUGCCUCUUCAGAACUUACUUCUUAUGUUUUUACGAAGUACAACAAACCUUUUUUCAGUACAUUUGCAAAAACAUCUAUGUUUGUUCUAUACCUCUUGGGAUUUAUUGUUUGGAAACCAUGGAGGCAACAAUGUACUCGUGGUUUUCGUGGAAGGCAUGCAGCUUUUUUUGCAGAUGCUGAAAGUUAUUUUGCUGCUUGUACAACAGAUAAUGCUGUAAACAGUUCUCUGAGCGAACCUUUAUAUGUUCCUGUAAAGUUCCAUGAUUUGCCAACUGAAAAGAGUGGCGGUAAUAAUAAUGAUACAGAGAAAACUCCCAAAAAGCCUCGUGUGAGGUUCAGUAAUAUCAUGGAGAUUCGGCAGCUCCCAUCGAGCCACGCGCUGGAAGCAAAGUUGUCUCGCAUGUCAUACCCAGCAGUUAAGGAGCAGGAAUCAAUAUUAAAAACUGUAGGAAAACUCACUGCAACUCAAGUAGCAAAGAUUAGCUUUUUCUUUUGCUUUGUGUGGUUCUUGGCAAAUUUCUCUUACCAAGAAGCUCUAUCAGAUACCCAAGUUGCCAUAGUUAAUAUCUUGUCUUCAACCUCUGGGCUUUUUACUUUAAUCUUAGCUGCAGUCUUUCCAAGUAACAGUGGAGAUAGAUUUACUCUGUCCAAAUUAUUGGCAGUUUUUUUAAGCAUUGGUGGUGUGGUACUUGUUAACCUUUCUGGAUCUGAGAAAUCUCCUGGAAGAGAUACAAUAGGUUCCCUUUGGUCUCUCGUAGGAGCAAUGCUGUAUGCUGUGUACAUAGUGAUGAUAAAAAGAAAAGUAGAUAGAGAAGAUAAACUCGAUAUACCCAUGUUCUUUGGUUUUGUAGGACUGUUCAAUCUACUGCUGCUAUGGCCAGGGUUUUUUCUGCUUCACUAUACUGGCUUUGAAGCAUUUGAGUUUCCCAGUAAACUGAUAUGGAUGUGCAUUGUCAUUAAUGGCCUUAUUGGAACAGUUCUGUCAGAGUUCCUCUGGUUAUGGGGCUGCUUUCUUACCUCAUCACUGAUAGGCACACUUGCUCUAAGCCUUACGAUACCUCUGUCCAUAAUAGCUGACAUGUGCAUGCAAAAGGUGCAGUUUUCUUGGCUGUUUUUUGCAGGAGCAGUCCCUGUAUUUUUUUCUUUUUUCAUUGUAACUCUGUUAUGUCAUUAUAACAACUGGGAUCCUGUGAUGGUGGGAAUCAGAAGAGUUUUUGCCUUUAUUUGUAGAAAACAUCGAAUUCAGAGAAUACCAGAAGAAAGUGAGCAGUGUGAAAGUCUUAUUCCUAUGCAUAGUGUUUCACAAGAUGGAGAUAGCUGCUGUUCAUAGGCAAAAGUUUAAAAAUGGAUUGAUGCCUAGUGAAGAGACAAUCUUCUGGAAAAGUCCCAAAGGAGUAAUGUUUCAGUGCCUAUUCUGAAUUUUUAGUAAAAAUAAGAAGUUUCUGUUCUUGUGGAAACUUUAAACAUCUUUCUUGCUUUCAUCUGAUUUUAUAAAUGAACAAAUUUACUCCAUGCAUAUCAUCGUAGGGGAUCUUAGUCCAUCUGAGCAACCAACCUGCCUUACUACACUGAGCUGGUGAAGUUACUUGACAAAAUCAAGAAAAUGAAUGCUGUUAAGUGAUUUCUUUCUCUUUUUAACUCUCAGUUUUGUUAAAUGCUGGACGAGGUUAUUUUAAAAAACACUUUCAAAUGAGUUAUGUAAAUAAGUUUGCAGGUCAUCACGUCUUACAGGCUUUCAGAUGAAAAGCUAAAUAGAUACGUUACCUGUAGUAGGUACAAAUUAACUUUUUUAUGUUGUAUAAACUAUUUGCAUAUUAAUAGAGGAAAUAGUAAAAUAAUUUAUUAAGUGAAUUCUUGUAAUUAUUAAGGCAAGAUCUUUGUACAGUCCUGGAACACUACAUAUAUAUUGUCUUAUCCCAUUCUGAGAAGCCUUGUAACGGCAGUGGGUGCCGCUGUUUAAAAAUCUUUUGUUUCUAGUGAUCUGGAAUGUUUAAAAUCUUAGUGAAUGAAAGAAUAUUUAUAAUUACAGUAUGUUGGGUGGACGUUCUCAAAAACAAUCCCUUAAGAAGACCAAUUCUGUAACACAUUAAGAUUCCAAAUGAUAUCAUAUAGAAGGCUUAAUUUGAAAAAUUUCAUUUCUGUAGUUGCCAACUUAGGAAAGGGAUCCCAAUCAGUUGUUAAAAUUUUCAGUUGUGGGUUGGCACUACAGCAAUCUACUAAACAGUGUGAAAGAUAAAAAUAAUUGCAUUGAUUUUUUUUUUCCAGUUGCAUUAAUAAAUUUAUUCUAAAACUGAUUGCUUUCUUUACAACCUGUAUCUUCCUUCUACUGCAGCUUUUGUCUUAUUUGAUUCUGAGAAGUUAUGAAUAAUUAUGUUCAAGGAUAUUUGAAAUAAAUCAGUGACAUUUUCCAACUUCUGGCCUAUAAGACACUUCUAUUAAAAGAAAAAAAAAGGCUUUUGAUAGAUUUUGUUUUCUUAUAAUGAAUGUAGGACAGAUUUUUCAGUUGGUAGUAUAUUCUCUUCCACAUAACAAGGCUAUUAAUAACAGCGUAUUCUUAUCUUUCCAUACAGAUAUGAAAGGAUAACAAAGCAAAUGGCUUUUCAUGUUUUGAACCUCUAGUAAUGAUCCUUCCAAGAGGUGACAUGAUGAUACAACUGAUAGAAUACAUAGAAUUCAAGAAAGCAGUGUACUUAGUGAGUUUUAGAAGGAUUGAUUCAACCAGCAGCUAGAAUGUAAAAUUCUGAAUGUAGAGAAGGAAAAAAAUACUAGGGGGAAAAAAGUGAAUCUGGGGGCUGUUCUUGUUGAGUAUUGCACCUUUAUCAAUUUUUUCCUUCCAUUUCUUGAUAUUGAACUACAUUAAAAGUUUCAGUUACCUGAGGUGUCUUUUGAGAUAGUAAGUCUAUAUUUGUAUACCUGAAAUAGUUUUUAAAAUAAAAAAAUAAAAGCAGAAAAACAUAAGUUUAUUAAAUUUAUGUAGGCAUUUUGAAAAACUUUUCAUUUCAACUGGAAAGCCCAAUAGUACAACAGUUGAAAAUAUAGUAAGAAAAACUAGUUUUAUAUUUGACUUCAUUAGAGUUUUCAGGGAUUUCACUGGUAAAAGGAGUUUACAGUGGGAUUUUUUUUUCUAAAUUAGGACAGAUUAGAGGAUGUUAAUUUCAGCCAUUAACUAUAGAUUUUAACCUGUUCCUGUAUAGCAUCUUAUCAGUGACAGCUUUGUCAAACUAACUCUAGGAAGGCUGAGUUUGCCCUCAAAUUGGCAAUAAUAGUAUUUUCAGCAGGAUAUUUUAACACUGUCUUUUGAAACUGGUCAUUUGGAUUGAUAGAAUGGAUUGAUAACGCAUGGUGGGCAGUUGCUAUUCAUAUUUGUCCUUAUGUUCAUGACUUAAAAUGGAAGCUUAUCAUAGCUUUCUAUGUAUAUGACUUAUGUUAAAUGGCAUUAUUAUGUUAGACUUGAAACUAAGUAUUAUGAGAAUGUUCUUCUGACCUAGUAAUCUUUCUGUUCACCAAACUCAAUGUUAAGGCCUUCCUGCUGUUUUGUUUUUUUUGUCAAAAAAGACGUGUUAAUCUUUUUUCAAGAUAUUUACUAUUAUAAUCUUCUGGCACUUUGUAGCUUGAACAGGUUUUUGGCAUUAAAUUACAGUCCUUUAAAAAAUAAAAAGCAAAGAAAAGAUAAAAUAAAGAAUAAAAAGCAAACUAUUCUUCUUGAAACACCAUGGAUUUUUAAGGAGUGGUGCCCCUGUGGUUACAAGAAAUACACUGCAAUUUUAUUUACUGAAGCUAUGAUAUGUAACGUUGUUCCUUGUUUAAUAGAAUGUGAUGAGAUUUUUCUAUAAAAUCUUGUGAUUUUUAGUACAAUAAUAUUUUAUAAAUAUAUUGUCUUAUUUGAAAUGUAAAUUGCAUAGUUCUCUAAUGGGUGCUUGGUAAAUGCACAAGAGAUUUAGCUUUGAUUCUCAGGUACCUCUGAUGUAAUGGUGACAUACUGGUAUUUUUUUUUCCUCAUGAAACAACUGGAAUGUGAAGGGACUCUUGCAGAUCUUACCGCUGUGUGCUAGCAUAAAUUGGUGUUCUUACUGUUUCACUUUGGGGAUGUCUUUAUUCUGAUUUGCUUCCUGUAGGAAGCACAUGCAAUUUAACAAGGAAAAAAGAAUUCUUAAUUCAAGCAUUUCUUUGAAUGCCAUGAGAUGCCUAAACAACAGUGAUUUCCCAUGCCUACAAAAUGGAAAAUGAGUACUACAUAUAUUGUUCUGUCAAACAGUUUAACUAAUUCCUGCAAUGCUAUGAGACAAACCAAGAAUCUCUUCUGUGUGUGACUGGGGUUUUUUUUUGUUCUGUUUUUAUAUAUGGAAGAGAUUAGGACAAUUUGCUAAGUGCCAAUAUAGCCUGUCUUAGCUUUUAGGGUUCUGGUGAGUCUUGCUUAGUUAUGUCUCCUGUGUGCUGCAAUCCAGAACAAAGGAGGAAAAAUCAAUUCAGAUUUCUAGCUACUUUGUUAGUUUUCAGUCAUGCCAAAAAUGAGAGGUGCUGUAGCUGUAAUACUGACCUAGCAGUUACUUGGAAAGUAUGGAGCACAAGAAUCCCACUAAAGACAUGGAGGGCCUGAUAUUUCUAUUGUCCAUGUGCAUCACAUUUCUUGCAUGUUGGCUUGGAAAUUGAUGUGGGGCAUGUAGCAUGCAGCAUGCAGCUGAUCCAGCCUGCCAGGGAGCUGUGCUAGCGUACUGCAUGCAUCAACCAGGAAGCUGCAGGCUGGGGCACAGGUUGGGGUGGAGCAAAUGCACAAGUAUUUUGUCACAAUAUGGUAUUCAGUAGUGGUAUUCCUCAAAUGAGAAACUGUGGUGCUGCAUGUGAUACUCGACCUAGUGUGCUGCUACACAUUUUGCAUACCACCCUGUGACAUCCUAGCAAAAACAGAAGAGCCACUGAAUUGCUUUUUCUGUGUGUGUGCUAUUGUAAUUGUCAGUUUCUUUCACUGUGCUUAGGCACUGCUGUUUACUAGUACAGUUGCCUUAAGUAAAGUGGUUUAAGAAUUUCUUUUGUAGUUCUUAGUUCUAUCUCUUUGCGAUGAAUAUUGCCAUUGCUAUUCCCUACUAAAAAGAACAUCCUAUCCUAGGAAAAUGAAUUUACUGAGCUUAAGCUAAGGUUAUCGGAGGAGGAGGAAGAGUAGUUAAACUGAAGAGCUGAACUGUGACACACAUGAAAAUAGAUAAGCCUCAGUAAGGCAGUGUUUGUAAAUGAAGUUGUAGGAAGUUGCAAACUCAAAAAUCAAGAAACAAACUGAUAUUAAAAACAGAAAGUUGAGUUAUGUGACUUACUGUAAAAUGGUACUUUUAAUCAGCUUUCUUUAUUCCAUGCAAGCUUUGAGUUACAGUUCCUGUUAGGGCUGUUAUAUAGUGUCUGCAAUUUAAUACCUGUGAUUGCAAUAGUAUUUAAGUGUUGAUGGCUCAUUAAGAGUUGUUAUGCAUGUUUUGUUUUUUUCUAAUCUGGGACUGCAUUAAUUGUGCAUUUAGCUUUACAUGUUUAUUGCAUGACAUGAUUUCUCAGGGAAAUAUGGAUAAUAGCAUGCAUUGUAAGAGCUGGUAACUAAUUCUUGCUUUUAAAAUUGUUGCAAACUUUCAGGUUGCACUCAAACACUUCACAUCAAAUGACUUUCAAAUGUUGAAUUGCUUCUGAUUUCCUAGGUGAAUCAUGGUGAAGAUGUUAACAGCAUUUUAAGGUGUCUGUACAAUGCACUCUGUCCGAUACUUCAUUAGCUUUUGGAUAUAUGUCCAUUUCAAAUUGACUCUGCAAGUUGUGUGGCUUUUUUCCUGCUUUAGCAUAAUAUGCGCCAUGUACAUAAAUAGUUGCCUGAGACACAACAGCGACACUCAUUUCCAGAGUUAGACAAUGCUCUAAUAAUGCAGUCUGAUUCUGGGGUAGAGUACCAGUAUAAAUAUUCUAACAUAUUUACUCGUAUCAUUAAAUUUUUACAAAGUGUGCUUACUUUGGGGAUUUUUGUCUGCUUUUCCAGUAAAGUUACUUUGUCUAGACUGGGAUUUGAUCCAAAGCUCACCAGCAUUAUAGGUAGCAUUAAUAAAAUAAAACUUUAUUGAAAUACUCAGCAGUCAGGUUGACCUUUUAUGUCUUUGCAGUGUUUUUAUCUGCAGCAUACAUGGCAAGUAGUUUCCUGAAAGACUUCACUAAUAUAAAAGUUGAAGGAUUUAGUGUUGGUGAAAAUGGUAAACAUACUGCUGUUACUGACCACAGAAAUAUAUUUCCCUAUAGCCAGCAUGCAGCUUAAUUAUUUAGAAGGUGGAUUUGUCUUGCUACAUGACUUUUUUUUUAGAAUCAACAGUGUAGGAAAUGUUGAUCGCUUUGCUUAGUUGUAUACUAGAAGAAUAUUUUUUGUCAAUAAUGAGAAUGUGAUCACAGCUUUGAGGAUUAACUUUUUGAUGAUUUCAGAUUUGACAUAUCCAUUUGCUUUGCAAAGAAUGCAACAGGACAUUUCCUAGCUAGUUAAACAGCUGUGAUUGUACUGGGUGCCCUGAUCAUCUGUAUUGUCAUAUACCUGCCAUAAAACACGUAAUUCUUACAUAAAUGUAACCAUUCAGCUAUGUCUUCUCACUGUCCUUCCAGCUGAUGUAUUGCAUCAUUAUGUCUGGUAUUAAUAGGCAACUGGACAACUUCUGGAAUGCCCACCAUGGUGAGGAAUGCAUCCAGAGUUUAAUCUAGUUGUCACCUCCAACUUUUUAAGAGCAUGAAAGGCUUUUCUCUGAGGAUUUUAAUAGAAGUAGCUGUUUAGUUCUUUAGCUGCUGAGUUAAUAGUUAAGUAACUGUUUCUCAGUUUCUGAAGUUGUAUCUGGAUUUCUUCUGUUUUUAAUUAACUUUUGACUUUUGUCAGGGAAGGUGUGCAGUUCUUUGCAUUUUCCACAGAAUGUAUGUGAAUUGAUACUGGAAUGGCCUCAGAAAUAACUGCAGAGAAGCUUGUAUGACUUUUAACAUGUUCCUGAAUUUUUUUCACAGUUCAUUUAAAAAAAUUGAUUAUUGAGCUGAGGAGAAAGUAGCCAGUAUAUAGUGUAGAGCUAACUUUAUAAUGUGCAAAUUACUUUGCUCUCAUUACAUAUCCUUCAGUGUAUUGCUGAUGUUGCCAGCCCUCAAGUUUUUCUUGUCUGUUAAGUGUGAUGCUUCUCUCCUCUAUAAAUGGAAACUUUUUCAUGUAAAUUAAACUAGAUCCUCUGUCACAAUGAUCGAUUUUUAAAAUAUUUCAGAAUCUCUUCCUUUUAACCUUUAGCUAGAGGAACAGCAGGGGAUUUCCACCCAAACAGUAUCCUUUUCCUAUGUGAGAGGGGGAAAAAAAAAAAUUGAAAAUAAAAUAUCCUAUUGACCAGCAUAUGAGAUCCAGCUGCAAGAUCAUUGAAGUAAUUGCCUGUAUAGUACAGUUAAAUAUAGGACAUGCUUAGGCAAUAAUUGUGCAAUGGAUUGAUCUCUCUGAUCUUGAUUUAAUGUAGAAUGUAGAUAUUUAAAAUAUCAUUAAUUUGUUUUGAAGCUGAAUGCCUAAGUUCUGUGACUCUAAAAAUCUUGAAAGAAUUUUAUUUGGAACUACAAUGUAAAUGCUAAGGAUUUGCUUGGUUGCAUUUUGGGAUUCUUAGGUUGGUGGGUUUCUUUUAUGAAGACCUACAUGUUCCAUGUACAGACCAGUUACAAAUGAAUGAUCUGCCUAUUAAUUGAAAAUUUUGAGAGCCAUUUACAUAAUGCUAUCAUGAAAGCUUAGGCAGUAGUUCAAGUUGACAUUAAUAGAAUAGAAUUAGAGAAGCAUAAUGAGCAUGCAAUAGCAACUUCAGCACCGUACAACUGACUGGGUCCUUGUAGAGAUGUGAAACUUAUUCAGGUUCUCUUUGGGAUGGGUAUUAGUAAAACAAAAUUGCAUCUGAAACUUCUGUUUAGAUAUUUAUACUGUCUGAUUUGUUACAUUUCUAAAACUUGUACAUUGAAAGAUGCAUGAAACCAAUAGCUUGUAUCUUUGUCCUUUUGGCAUUACAUCUUGUACUUAAUUUCAGCUCUGUAAUUUGAAGAGAACUCUGAAAUUGCUUCAACUGAAAAACUUUAACAUGACAAAAACAUUUGUUUGCAUGAAGUUUGUAUGAUAAUUCAGAUGUUCUGAGAGCACAGAUAGUUCCAGGUGUACAUUUGUUAUGAAAUGUGUUAUACAUAAGCUUUUAAAUAUUUUCCUUAGUAAGACCAGAACCUGAACUGCCUGAUGCAUACUGCAUUUGCACCUAAGUACUUGAUUUCAGAAUGUGUUAAACCAUGUCUAUUUUUUAUAGGAAACAGCAUUUUAAUCCAAUUUUCGUUUAAUAAUUAGUAUGUUCACAGAGAGGAAAAUCAUAAUUGUAGCUUGAUGCAGUGAUUUAUGCAAGAAAACAGCAGGAUGGCAGUAGUAACUCUGAAAUGAAGAUGCAAGUCUCUUCAGAAACUCUGGCUUCUUGUUCUUUCCUUCCUUCUGUACUAAAUAAGUGUCUUCAUUAUUCCUGAUUUAUACAGGUGAAGCAAGGACCAGAACUUUUACUCUUUUGUUUUUUAGAAGUGAACAUUGACUUUUGCCUGUAGUGUCUUUGUCACAUCACUUCAUUUUCUGAAGGGGAUUCAGUUAAAUUAGAAGUAUACAAUAAAUAUUUUUAAUUAAAAUCAAAUUUAAGCUAUUAAUAAUUUUGAAAUUCUCAAUAUGAAUAGAGAUCUAAUGAAUGAAAAUUAUAGGCCUAUAUUGCAAAUACCAAAUACUGCUUAUAUAUUUUUUAACAAAAUGGGUAUAUGUGUGAUUAUUUGACACGUGUAUAAAAGUGACAAUGGGGAAAUCAUUCUCAUGUUGAUAGAUUUAUAAAUUGAAAUUAUUAAUAUCCAAUACCAAAACCCUAUAAAAGGGCUAGUGAAAAGACAAUGUAAUGUAUUCUGGUAAACAGCCUGUGUAAUACAAUCAAUGGGUGUGAUGUUUUUGUUCUGUAUUAUAUUUAUUAUGUGUAAGUAAGCCAAUAAAGAUUAUAAAUCAUA